CCAGUGACUACGGCGUGGACCUGUAUGGCGAAUGUGCGCGGAUGCAUUGAAGGAUUUAUGUUAUGGAAAAUGAUGAAUUAUGGGGCUACUGAAUACAGAUAUGUAACCUAGCUGACAGCAUAAUCACGCUGGGAUAUGCGUAAUUGAUGUGGGUUAUCUGUUGUCAACAGAAAAGUGCACAUCUUUAUAACAAGGUGGCUGAUCAUUGAAUGUAGGUGAUUCAAUAAAUUUGAUACGGAAUUUCAGGUGAUGAUCGGCAUAAUUUUAUUGAAGCAACCUGUUUACAUACUGACGUGCAGAUUAUUUAUGUACAAAAAACAUCAAACGUGGCGAAAUAGGCAAAGUAAUUCUUAAUACUUAUCCCUGUUUAUAUUUCACGCAGACACUAUAUAAAUCUAUGCAGAGAUGUGUAUUGAAUGUAUGUAGAGUGAGGAGGGAUUGAAAGAGUCGUUCAAAAUGUGAAGACCAAGAGUGAUUGGAGCUCUAGUCAAUGCAAAUGCCUGGAGUGACCUGUGUGUGUCGAGGCCAUGCUAUGUACCAACCGCUUAGAAAUCGUAAAAAAGAAGGAAAAAAAAAGGCUGCUGUGGUUGACAUGAUGUAAUUUGGUUUAAUUUUUGCAUCAUGAGUCACCUCCCUUACACCCUCCCGCGCUACCUCGACCGCACUCCUUGAAAGUCUGACUGCAGCUUAAUAUAGUGCUGCAAAUUAUAUUUUCUGGGAGUAAUUAUACUAUUGUGACAUGCAUUUAAAAGAAAUGCAAACUUCUGAAAACGAUGCGUGCAUAUAAAGACGAAGUUUCUUAAUGGAAACUUGGCCUAAUGGUUGGGUGUAAAUGUGUUUUUAAGUAAACUUCAGCUUCGAUGAAGAUGUAACACCCAUCCACACAAUUGUGUGGAUGGGUAUUGUUGAAGAAGAAGAAGAAGAAGCAAUACCUACUGUGGAGUUCAUUGGAGCCCAGGAUACUGAGGAUGAAGAGGAGGAAGAGAUGGAGGCGGCCACUGAAUCUAUACCAGACAGCCCAGCGUCGCCAUCACCGCCUCCACCAUCGCAGAACCCACCACCACUACCACCACCACCACCACCACCACCACCACCACCACCAAGGUGGCGCAUGCUCCCUGAGGAGUAUGUAGAUGAAGGCAAUGAUGUUGAUGUUAUAAUCUCAUACGAAAUAAUAAAUAUCGAUUAAAAGGA